AUGAGUAACACAGACUUCCUUGGGCGGGCGAUCGAAACUGUGAAGAAGGCGAUCGAGAACGACAAUGAGGGCGAGUACGAAAAAGCCUAUCAAAUGUAUUACUCCGCAUUGGAGUUGUUCAUGCUGGCCUUAAAAUGGGAGAAGAACCCUCGUUCUAAGGAGAUGAUCCGCGCGAAAACUGGCGAGUACAUGGACCGCGCAGAAAAACUCAAGAAUCACCUCGCGAAAGAAGACGACGAUAACGGCGAAGAUGCCGAAUCGAAAAAGCUCCGAUCGGCACUCCAAGGAGCCAUUUUAUCUGAUAAGCCGAAUGUGCAGUGGGAAGAUGUUGCUGGUCUGGAGAGCGCGAAGGAGGCAUUGAAGGAGGCUGUCAUUCUGCCCAUCAAAUUCCCGCAUCUGUUUACAGGCAAGCGACAGCCCUGGAAAGGUAUCCUGCUCUACGGUCCUCCGGGUACGGGAAAGUCGUACUUGGCCAAGGCUGUCGCGACUGAAGCCAAUAGUACUUUCUUCAGUGUCAGCAGCAGUGACUUGGUAUCCAAAUGGAUGGGUGAGAGUGAACGACUUGUGAAGCAGCUUUUCAACAUGGCCCGUGAAAAUAAGCCUGCUAUUAUCUUUAUCGACGAAGUCGAUGCGCUGUGUGGACCGCGAGGCGAAGGCGAGUCCGAGGCAUCUCGACGGAUCAAGACCGAGUUGCUGGUUCAGAUGGAUGGUGUGGGCAAAGAUUCAAAAGGUGUUCUUAUUCUGGGCGCAACCAAUAUUCCUUGGCAGCUCGAUGCUGCUAUUCGACGACGAUUUCAGCGUCGAGUACAUAUUAGCUUGCCUGAUUUCAACGCACGGAUGAAGAUGUUCAUGCUGGCUGUGGGAUCUACUCCAUGUCAAAUGACUCAAGCAGACUACCGCACACUGGCAGAGAUGAGUGAAGGCUAUUCCGGCAGCGACAUAAGCAUUUGCGUGCAAGAUGCUCUGAUGCAGCCCAUCCGGAAAAUUCAAACGGCAACUCAUUAUAAGAAGGUCACUGUGGACGGGGUAGAGAAGCUUACGCCUUGCUCACCAGGCGAUGCCGGAGCAAUGGAGAUGACAUGGCUCAGCGUUGAAGCAGAGCAGCUGCUUGAGCCACCACUUGUACUCAAAGAUUUCAUUAAGGCUGUUCGAAAUUCUCGGCCUACUGUCAGCCACGAAGAUCUCACUCGAAACUCCGAAUGGACCAAAGAAUUCGGCAGUGAGGGUGCAUGA